CCGCAACAUUAUUGGCAUCAAGCGCAACAUGCUCCGACGCCUCUCGACCGACGUGCGCCGGAAGCUCAAGGCGCGGCAGCUCGUCGACGUGACGAUCGAGUCGCUCGACAUCCACGGGCUCGGCGUCGGGAAGGACGCGGCGACCGGCCUCCUGUGCGCGGUCAAUGGCGCGAUUCCAGGCCAGCACAUCAAGGGCCGCGUGCUCCAAGACAGCGUCGUGCCUGCCCGCGUGGCGCAGAUGGAGCUGGUCGCCCAGAGCCCGGACUUUGUCGCGCCCGUCUGCUCUGUUUUCGACAACUGUGGCGGCUGCAAAACUCAACACUACCCGUACGCCAAGCAAGUGGCCGCCAAGCAAGCGGCGAUUCAAACGACGCUGGGUACGUCGGACGUCGCGCCCAUGGCGCGUGCCACGUCUGCGUUUGGCUACCGCAACAAGAUGGAGUUUACGUACAGCGCGGGUCGCUGGCUCACGCUGCUCGAUACGGUGCAGGAUACACACCAAGCGACGCUCGGACUCUUCCCCAAGUCGAAAGGAGCGCGGCGCUGGGACGGCCGCGUCGUGGCCAUCGACCAUUGCGCGCUACAGUCGGACGUCGGGAACCGCCUCGUGACGACCCUUUGGCGCGUCUGUCGUGCGUUGCCAGCGUACGAUUACCUCAAACACACGGGGUUUCUUCGCCACCUCGUCGUCCGCGUCGGGUCGACGCUCGGUGGUAGCACAGAAGUGCUCCUCGGUCUCGGCACGGCAACGAUCGACGACGAUACGGCACCGGCCGUCGCAGCCGUCGUCGACGCACUGCUCGCAACCGCUGACAACGCCUCGAACAUUGUGUCGGUCGUUCAGUUUAUGGACGAUGAAAUGGUGCGUCGGUUCCGCAAGCGCCACGACGGACAGCGACCGCGUGAGACGCACCGCGUCGUACACGGCCGGUCGUUUAUGAAGGACACGAUUCUGCACAAGGAGUUUCGCGUCUCGCUGCAGUCAUUCUUUCAGCCCAACACGGCCAUGGCGUCCGUGCUCUACGCGCACGUGGCCGGCGCGCUGCAAGCCCGGUCGACGCCGCCGGUGGUCUGGGACCUCUUUUGCGGCGUCGGCUCGAUUGGGAUUUGCGUGGCCGACCACUGCGCCCACGUGGUAGGCAUUGAUGUCGUACCAGACGCCAUUAUCGACGCCCGCGCCAACGCCGAGGACAAUGGCGUUGCUGAAAAGAUGUCGUUUCUGUGCAGAGACGUCCUAGCCGACGGCAUCCCCGACGGCCUUCCGCACCCCGACGUGGUCAUCGUCGACCCGCCGCGCGCCGGGCUCAACGCCGAGCUCAUUUCGUUCUUGACGUCGACCGUGGCGCCGGACGAGAUCAUCUACGUGUCGUGCAACGUGGUGAGCCAGGCGCGCGACCUCGAGAAGCUCCUCGCGGCCGGCUACAGCGCCUCGCUCAUCCAGCCCGUCGACAUGCUGCCGCACACGCCGCACGUCGAAAACAUUGUCGUCUUGCGGAAAGCAUAGCGUUCGAAUUUUGCUUCGAAAUUUACGUGAAAAUUCAUUUCGCACGUGUAAAAUCGCCAGCAAACGCCCCGAGCCGCCGCGAAGGUCGGCAUGUUCUCACUGGGCCUGCUGGGAUGCAUAGCAAUAACGCAUCUUAACGAAUCCACCGUAGUCCUUGCUGCGGGCACCGUAG